AUGGAGCCCCGGCCCGGCUGCGUGGUGGUGACCGGGUUCGGGCCCUUCCGGCAGCACCUGGUGAACUCCAGCUGGGAAGCAGUGAAGGAGCUCUCCAAGCUGGGCCUGGGGAGGGACGCGGAGGUGGAGCUGCGGACGCUUCAGCUGCCGGUGGAUUACAGGGAGGUGAAGCGGAGGGUCACCAGGAUCUGGGAAGACCUGCAACCGCAACUCGCCGUGCACGUGGGCGUGGACAGCGCCGCCAAGGCCGUGGUGCUCGAGCAGCGCGGCCGGAACCGCUGCUAUCGCGAGACCGACGCGCGUGGCUUCCGGCCCGAGCACGGCGGCGGCGCGUGCGUCCCCGGCGGCCCGGAAGUGAUUGAGUCGCGGGUCAACCUGAAGGCGGUCCGCAGGCGCGUGGCGGAGGAGGGCGUCGAGGUGCUGGUUUCCCGCGACGCGGGCAGAUACGUGUGCGAUUACACCUACUACCUGUCUCUGCAUCACGGGGAUGGGCGUGCGGUGCUCAUCCACGUGCCCCCGCUGUCUCCGGGGCUCCCCGCCAGCCUGCUGGGAAAGGCCCUGCAAGUCAUCAUCCGGGAGAUGCUGGAGGAGGGUGAGAAUGCCCACGGCCAAAGCCUGGUGCCCAGGAAACAGGCCUCAGGGAGAACCGACUGGGGCUCCUAG